UCUUUGCAAGGAAAUAGACCAGCAGCUUCAAUCAACUGCAGUUCUAUCAUACCUUCAUGAUGUUUCCCUUGGUCAGAAAUGCACUAAGUAGUCUUAGGAUUCAAAGCAUUCAGCAAAUUAGGGCAAGGCAGAGCCACUCGAAGCACUCACCUGAUUUUCAUGACAAGUAUGGUGAUAUUCUACUAGCCAGUGGAACUGCUUUCUGUCUUGUUGCGUGGGUGUUUACAGCCACACAGAUUGGAAUAAAAUGGAACCUGUCCCCUGUUCGCAGAGUCACCCCAAAAGAGUGGAAUGAUGAGUAACCAUCACAGUUACUAUAAUACAGAAUUGUUUCAAAAGCAACUUGUCAUUUAAGUACUCUGCUGCUCAUUAAAAUAGAGCAUAACUGAAGAAAUAAAAUGCAU